AAUCUUUCCAUAUUUUAAGGCUAAAACGGGUGACCCCAUUAACUCUUGACCCACUAGCUCAAUCGGGCCCGGUUCAACCCGCGGGUUGAUAACCUUGCUAUGCAUUGAUUACAAUACAGUACUGGCAUCUCUGUCUCUCUCUUUCUCUGUGGCUUUUCAUUUGAUGAUAUUUAUAUAGCUGGAGAUCGAUCCUCACGAAGACAGAAGUAAUUGAAGUGGGAAUUAAUGGAGAUGGAGGGAAGUAGCAGGCGCAGUAGCUACCUUGUUUGGGAGGAUGUUACAGUUACAGUCACCAAUGGCGCCGAAACAGGGAAGAAGCAGAAGCAGAAGCAGAAGAAGUGGUUGGUGAAUGGGCUUAGUGGGUUUGCAGAGUCUGGGCGGAUCAUGGCCGUUAUGGGCCCGUCUGGCUCUGGCAAAUCCACCUUCCUCGACGCUUUGGCUGGAAGACUGUCACCGGAAGCUUCCAUGGCGGGGAAGAUCCUUCUCAGGGACGGCGACAAGAUGACCGGAAGAUCAAGCUCCCUCGUCACCUGCCGAGAUGUGUCUUACGUUACACAAGAUGACGCUUUCCUGGGGACCCUGACGGUGAAGGAAACGCUCCGCUUCGGCGCUCGCCUGAGGCUGCCGGAACUCACCAACGCCGAGCUCGACGCGGUGGUCGAGGACACGGCGGCGAAGAUGGGCCUCGAGGAGUGCGCCGACACGAAGAUCGGGAACUGGCACCUGAGAGGGAUAAGCGACGGGGAGAGGCGGCGGCUGAGCAUCGCCGUCGAGCUGCUGGCCCAGCCGCGGGUGCUCUGCCUGGACGAGGCCACGACGGGGCUGGACAGCGCCGCCGCGUUCUUCGUCGUGGAAUCCCUCCGCAACGUCGCCCGCGAUGGCGGCGAUGGGAGGAUCGUGGUCUGCUCCGUCCACCAGCCCGCCGACGACGUGUUCAGGCUGUUUGAUGAUCUGCUGCUCAUUUCUUCAGGGGAAGCUGUUUACUUUGGUGAAUGCCAGGGCGCUGUCAAGUUCUUUGCAGAUUCCGGGUUCCCAUGCCCGAUUAGAAGAAACCCGCCGGACCAUUUCCUCCGGUGCAUUACCCCGGAGUUCGAUCAAGUCUUAGCCGCUCUGAAGCAGACACAGCGAAUGAACGAUGCCGAGCUCUCAGCAGCAGAGGGCUUGCUGAACGGGACAACAGCAGAGACCAGGGAAACCCUAGUGAACAAGUACAGAUCGUCCACUUUCGCAGACACUGCGACGAAAAAGAUUCAAGAACUCGCAUCACCACUCACUGAAAAACAUGGUGAUGGCGACAGCCAGAGUAUCGGUGAAGUUGUUGUACCCGUAAAGAAGCAGCAGCGCCAUCAAUGGUGGAGGCAGUUCUGCACACUAACACACCGCUCCAGUUUGCACAUGUGCAGAGACCUCGGCUACUACUGGCUUCGAAUGUUCUUCUACAUCAUGGUGGCACUCAGCACUGGAACCUUGGAGUUCGACAUUGGGACCUCCAGCGCUGCUGUCCUGGACCGGGGCAAGGUAGACGGGUUCCUCUAUGGCCUCAUGAUCUGCUUGUCCGUAGGUGGCUUACCUUUCUUCCUCGACGAGAUCAAGGCCUUCCGUGGAGAGAGGCAGGGAGGGUACUACAGCGAGGCAGCUUAUGUGCUGUCCAACUUCCUCUCCUCAUUACCUUUCACCAUAUUCAUCUCCUUCUCAUCAGGAUCCAUACUGUACAGCAUGGUGAAGUUCCACCCGGGUUUCUCGCACUUGCUCUACUUCUGCAUCAACCUCUUCUUCAGCAUCUCCGUCUCAGAAGCCUGUGUCUUUGUCACUGCUUCUCUAGCAUCCAAUCCAUUGCCCGCCAUGGGUGCUUCCAUUGGUGUCACCGUGCUCAAUCUAAUGCCAUCUAUCGUCGUUCGACCACUACCCGACCUUCCUAAGAUCAUCUGGAGGUACCCUUUGUCCUACAUCAGUUAUGCUGCCUGGGGAACACAGGGUAAUCUGAAGAAUGAUAUGAUUGGACUAGAAUUCGAUUCUGCAAUACCUGGAAGGCCAAAGAUAACUGGCGAAUUCAUCCUGGAGAACACUUACGGCGUGAACCUAGGAUACUCCAAGUGGCUCGAUGUAGCAGCUCUCUUCUGCUUGCUGCUAGGUUACAGGGUACUCCUAGUCUUUACCCUUCGCUACAAGCAGAGAAUAUCGAGGUCCAUUCCGCAGAACUUACGCAAAGAUAGGUCACAAACCCACCAAGAUUCAGCAAGAUUAACCGAAGACUCAACAUCCGAACAGAACCCCCAAAAGUGACACUGUGAUGUAGGGCAUAAUAUGCUAAGUUUUUUGAACUGAAAUUACUGCCAAAUUUGUGAACUUUACUGUGUGAUGCAAUACUUGCAAGCUCUGAAAUGAAAUCCCGAAAGCGCUCCUCUUUUUUAUUGUCGAGAUUGGCUCAUAGAGCAGUGACAUGAUGUCACUACUUACAAAAGUGACCCUGUGAUGUCAUUACUUACAAAGCAAUGGGGAACACAGGGGAACCUGAAGAACGACAUGAUGGUACUAGAGGUUGAUGCUGUGGUACCUGGACAAGCAAAGAUAAAAGGUGAAGUUAUUCUGCAGGAUAAUUACGACCUGCAGUACUCGAAAUGGUGAGAUGUAAUAGCUCUCUUCUGCUUGCUGCUAUGUUACAGGCUAUUCCUAGUCAUUACACUUCGCUGCAAGCAGAAAAUAUCAUCACCAUUCCGCAGAAUUUACCCGAAGGGAGGUCUCAACUGAUAAUCAAGUUACCUAGUAGCA